AUGAUGGACUCGAAGAAUGACUCUAAAGAAUCUUUAUCACAUUCUCUAGCAAGAUAUUUACGCCCUGAAAGGUUUGAUGUUGAACCCACUGAUCCCGCUGCUGUAGAUAAGUGGGUGCAUUGGCUGCGUGCAUUUACAAACUUCCUAACUGAACAUGCCCCUGAUUCUGGUGACGUAACGGAUUCCAUAAAAUUAAAAUUAUUAUCGAACUACUUGACAACCAGUAUAUUCAUUCAAAUCAAAGACUGUCAAAGCUACAGGGACGCCAUUAAUAUUUUGAAUAAAACGUACGUUAAACCUCAACAUGAAAUCUUAUCCCGCCACGUCCUCGGAACACUGAAACAAAAGCAAAGUGAAAGUAUUUCAGAUUACAGCCGAGCUUUGCAUAUCCUUGCACAACAGUGUAACUUCCAGGCAGUCUCAAUUGAAGAACACAGAGACCAAGCUAUACGAACCGCCUUUAUAGCUGGUAUUCUGUCACCUAAAAUUCGGGAACGAUUAUUAGAAAAACAAAUUAUGUCUUUGGACGAAGCUUAUAAUCAGGCUGUCACUCUCGAAACUGCUGAAAAGGACUCUGUAACUAUGGGUAUGAGUGUCCAAAAUACUAUGAAUGCUUUGCCAGUGCCAAUUCCACAAGAAUUACCAGCACCCUUCAUACCGCUUCAACAAAACGCUGCAGUCCCGCCGCCACAGAUAUCAAUAAAGCGUUGUUUCUUCUACGGUGGUAAAGUACAUCAAAGAAUAAAGUGCCCCGCCUUUCACGCCUACUGUCAAAUGUGUACUAAGAAGGGUUACUUUGCUUCUGUCUGUUGUUCCCGUGGCAAUCCUUCUACAAGUAACGCCAUCCCAAGCCCCGUCGCUCCAGUCGAGUUCUCACCGUGUCCAUGUUCUCACGAAACAGUCAACACUUUAUACUCUGCGGCAUCUCCGUCAAGCCUAGAAAAAGCCAGCUAUUACUAUUAA